UUAUUAAAUACUCACGCGAUAUGGCAAUACUGCUGCAGCCAAAAAGACAAUUGCAGAAAGUUUUUUUCACAACAAAAAGCCACCGAAAACGCUGAAAUUAGGCAACCAAAUGUUUGCGAAAAGCGCUACAAACCUCCACUGAGCCACCGUCGAGCGUGCGUCCGUGUGUGCGUGUGUCUGUGUGGGCGUGGGAGCAACACAGCAGCACAACAACAGAAGGAGCAGCAGAGCCCAGGCAGCGCAGCAGGCAGAGUGGCACCAGCGGCGGCAGGGGAAAACACGUAAAGGAAAAACUCUCUUUCGGCAUACAGCUGCAAAACCGCGAGCCCCGCCGAACGGAAAGCGCCUGCCCUCCCCCUAACGAAUUAUGGACAAGAAAUCCUCGCCGGUGCGAAGACAAAAGCGGCAGGCGAAGGUGAUCGAGGAGAACUUGUGGGACUGCAGCGUUUGCACCUACAGAAACUCGGCGGAGGCCUUCAAGUGUCGCAUGUGCGACGUGCGGAAAGGCACCUCCACACGCAAGCCGCGCCUGAACUCAGCGCUAGUCGCCCAGCAGGCCGCCACAUUGCCGGGAGCCAGUGGCAAUAUGCCCAAUGGGAAGUCCGCCUCGGGAUCGCGACAUGGCAGCGGGCAUGACAGGCAGCGACAUAAACGUUAUCCGGCCCGUUUGAAGAACGUGGAUCGAUCGACGGCGCAAACACGCGAGGUGACGGUCAAUUCGGUGACCGUGUUCAUCACAGAGUACAAGGCCAAGCCAGUGAGCAGCCGGCGGGAGUCCAGCGAACAGAGCUUCAGCGAGAGCAACGAUAGCCGGAGCUAGAGGGGGGAACAUCCUUGGCCUCGGCCCCCAGCCGCAGGCAGAGCUCUGUGGAUCCGAGUCCUGCUGCUCUACGGUCCCCGGUUCCGGUUUCGGUCUCGGUUCCCUGUUACAAAUUGUAAAUUCUAAGUGUUAGGCCCCCGGCGCAAAACGGAAACAAUUGUAAAUCGAAAUCCAUUUAAGUUAUCAAGUAUUAGGCCACGUUCAAAGCAGCAGCAGCAGUAGCAGCAUGCGCCAAGCCACGCCCCUCAAAAACGUUCAUGACUUCCAGCCAAGGCCAAGAAUCAAAGCGAAGCGAAGCGACGAGUCGAUUGCAUUUACACGACGCUCUCCAGAAUCCAAUCUUUGAAAUGCGCUAGAAACCCUGUACAUACCGAUGCAAAAUGAGUUCCCCUCCCUGAAUAUCUCUGUCUCUUAUGGUAAUUUUAGUUGUAAUUGUAAUCCAGCUACUAUAAUUCUAAUUGUAAUUCUAAAUCCUAAUUUAUUGAUGAGAAAGGCAACUCUAUAUAUAACCGCCGUGUACAUGUCCAACAAAGAUAUCAUUUGUUUCGUAAGUGUCGAAUUAAAAUAUGGUUUACCUAAGUGCAAGCUAA